UAGUCGUCCAAUCCGAAAAGCAAAAAUGACAUUUGUGAUGCACCUGUGUUUUAUUUUAUUUAAUCCGUGAAUGGUUCUUUAAAAACGCAAUAUGUUAUUAAUGUUCAAUAAGAAAAGUGAGAAUGUUUACUUCAUGUAUAAGCUGUCAUCUAAAACUAGCCAUUGGCAAUAAAACGAACUCAUAAUUCACUUAAACGGUUUCAAACCAUGUUAUUGUGUGACUAUUUUCAAGGGUAGUUGAAGUGAAUUUAUAAGUAUGGAUGAGAAGAGAGUGGCGGAUUACUUCGUAAUCGCUGGGCUGCCCGAGACGCCAGAGUUACUGGACGAUUCUGACUCUGGACAUCUGAAGGGAUACAGUACUAAAGCUCCAAUAACAGAUAUCAGUGUCGUAUUCCCGAGUCUCGGCGAAACCGUUCCCAAUGGCUACGAACUGAUCGAGACAACGCCGAGUGGACUGCCCGCCGACCUCAACCAUGGUUCUAUACGGACGCCCGAGUGUUUCAUCUGCAUACGACGGGGGCGGGACAGAGCGCCGCUGGUUGAUAUCGGCGUCAUGUACGAAGGCAAAGAGCGUCUCAUGGCCGACGCUGAAAUGGUGCUCGAGUCCGUCGGCCAACGUCUAGCCAACGUCAACAAUUCGACAGCGAAGACGUUCAUAACGUACCGACGGGCACACGCCGGCGCGCCGUGCAACGCGCUGGUGGUGGUCGAUGUGUGUGUGAUUAUUGCUAGCAAGGGAGAAUGCCCGCCGCACGCCUUCUGUAUGAUCGCCAAGAACCUUAACAAAGGACUGAUGGGCAGCGACGUUUUUCUCUGUUACAAGAAGUCAAUGAACCGUCCACCUUUAAUAGCUUACAAGCCAGAAGUACUAUUUAGGUAUCCAAUGACCGAGCGUCGCAGCCUCGCCUUCCCUACGUCCGUGCCAUUAUUCUGUCUGCCCAUGGGCGCCACUUUGGAGCUCUGGCCGACCAACGCCGCUACACCUAAGCCUGUCUUCUCUACCUUUGUGCUUACAGUCGCCGACGCCACUGACAAGGUGUACGGUUCAGCGGUAACGUUUUACGAGACGUACCCCCACAGUCAACUCACGGAGAGCCAAAUGGAGCUCCUCGGCUGGCGACACGGAAUCUCACACACCACGCACUCCGUCCACGUCGGCAAGAGCAUCUGCCUGCUGUCCCGGUGGCCGUUCAGCGAUACCUUCGAGCGGUGGUUGUUGUAUAUACUUGAAAUGUCGUGGAGUAAACAACCGCUAACUAUACCCAUCGAGAGAUACAUAACACAUUUGUUAGAAGAAGUGCCGUUUCCUGAGCCCAGGAUAUUGCUGCAGUUAUCACCGACGAAUGCGAGUGAUCGGGUGAUAGUGACGCGACGCGACGACCAGCCGUUGGUGCGGAGCGGCGCGGGGUUCCGGCAGCUGCUGCUCAACCUGGGCCCCGACAACUGCCAGCUCCUGCUCGCGCUCGCCAUUACCGAGCAGAAGAUUCUCAUCCACUCACUCAGACCAGACACCUUAACUGCAGUCUCAGAAGCCGUCUCAAGUCUACUGUUUCCGUUCAAAUGGCAGUGCCCUUAUAUACCACUCUGUCCUUUAGGUUUAGCAGAAGUUUUACACGCGCCGUUGCCAUAUUUAAUCGGCGUCGACUCGAGAUUUUUUGAUCUCUACGAACCUCCGCCCGACGUGACAUGUGUCGAUUUAGAUACUAAUAAUAUUACAAUAUGCGAUUCACAGCGCCACAUAUCAAUCAAACUGUUACCCAGACGACAAGCGAAAGCUUUACGGCAAACUUUAGAAGUAUUAUACAGCAAUAUACGACCGGCAUCACCUGUCCACCAUUCUGGAAACAGUAAAUACAACGGCGAACCCACGACGAGUUUGGACAGAGACUUCCAAAGAAGAAAAAAAGAGUACGCUCUAGAACUGGAGAUCCAAGAAGCGUUCCUCCGUUUCAUGGCGGUGACGCUGCAGGGUUACCGCGCGUACCUCAUACCCAUCACCAAGGCGCCCACAGUUGGGACCACGGACCCUCAUGCGCUAUUUCAUAUGGACGCCUUCAUACGGUCUCGGGACAAGACGCAACAACGCUUCUUCACACUAAUGAUGCGAACGCAGAUGUUUACUCGUUUCAUCGAAGAACGUUCGUUCGUAUGCGACGUGGACCAAGGACUGCCGUUCUUCGACGAGUGUAUAGAAAGGGUCGCGUGCGGAGACAGCGGCUCACUGCUGGGCACGGACACGAGCAACGCGUCCGAGCGGACUGUGUUCGUGCUGCCGCCGAACCCGUUAGACGAUGGUGAAACGUACAGUUACUCCAAGUUCUCGCUGGAGCCAGCGCUGCUAGCCGCAUGCGGGUCGGGUCGCGCCGGGCACGGCGGCCUGCAGACGCUGUCGGCGGCCGCGCGCUCGGCGCUGGCGUCGGCGGAGUCGCUCGGCGACGCGUCCCCCAUGGCGCGCCGCACCAAGCAGGAGAUCGCGGCGGCGCAGAGAUUGGCGCGCAAAGCCAGCCUGUCACCCGAAGCAUGGGCCAAGUGUCUCCUCGGCGCGUGCUACUCUCUUUAUUUCCUGUCACUACCCAGCAGAAUGAUUCUGCUUCGGGGCAAAGAACAAGCCACUCUUACAGCAGCUUAUGAACUGCUAGAGAAGGCAACAAAGCUGCGAGUUCCUUGUGACGAGGUAUGCUACCGCGUGAUGAUGCAACUGUGCGGUAUCCACUCCCUACCGGUGUUGGCCGUGCGUCUCCUCUUCCUGAUGAAGCGCGCCGGCUUGCAGCCUAACGCGCUCACGUACGGCUACUACAACCGAUGCGUGCUCGAGGCGCCGUGGCCGCACGACAUGCCCAGUGGUUCUCAACUGCUGUGGAACAAGCUUCGCAUAGCGGUGGUGGGCGCGGCUCUGUUCCGUAAGGCAGGCGCGCAGCGCGCCCGCCGCGCCGCCGGCUCGGGACUCUCGGCUGGGAGUGUAGGCACGCUGCCUCGAGUGGUAUCCGCGGCGGCCAUGGACGGCGACUUGAGCGGGCUCGCCUUGGCCGCGUGUGAACCCGCACACAGCCGGACUAGUCUGGACGAAGCGAGUGCGCGCGAAAUGGAAGCCGCGUCAUCAGCAUUCGAGGCACUAGUGCGGCGAGGCAACAUCGUCCAGCAACAACCCGCGAGGCCGCAUAAGCAUGCGCUCUCCACCGCGGCCGGCAUACUCAUAUCAGGUUUACCUUCAAACCCAGACUUGUGUGAAGCGGCGCGACCAAGAAGUAAUUCAUUAGGAAAUGAUGACACAACGAAUAGCGUUACGAUACCUGAAAAACGACAGACAAUACACGUGAGCCCGGACAGUCCGUCGGACCUUCGAAUAUUGACGCGGUCCGAGAGCUUCGCUGGGGACGCUCAAAUUGUACAGAACUUGCAGAGACUAUCGUUUUCUAGCAGUACAUCGAAUGUGAAGUCUAGGUGUUCGCGAACACUGAGUUUUCCCGAGGAGCCUGAAAAGGAAGAAGCGGCGGCCGAGCCUUCCGAGGAACCCGAAGGGUCUCCACUCAAAGUGUCCCCGCGCACGCCGGUGCUGGCCGACGACCCGCUGGGCGCGCUGCGCGUCCCCCUGCCGGAGUCCCCGCCCCCGCCGCCGCCGCCGCGCGACCACCCCGCCCCGCCGCGCCACGAGUACUCCGUCAGCCCCAAGCUGUUCCACCGCCGGAGCAACUCCUUCCAGGACGACGCGCCCACUGACCAUGGGAAACUACACAGGAGCGAGACCGUCCCCGCCGGCACCGUGUCGUCCAGCCUCGCCAGUCUAGGGAACACGCUCAAGAUCAGCUUCGGACGUUAUUCACCCGGCCGGUUGUCUUUACGCAAAGAGAACAUGAACAUCGGAAAGGCGAUUGUAGAAAACUACUUCAGUCCCACAAGCAUAGCGGGCAAGAAAUCCAACGAGCUCCUACAAAGCGGACUCUCCAGCCUAAAGUCAGCCGCUACGAGUAUGGCCAAGAAGUUCGAUGAAAUGAAAGAAGUAAUAUCCGCAAACUCGACACCAGUGAAGGGGGCCAUUGGAAACGCUACCAGCGCGCUAACGAGUUUCAUGGAGGACGACUCUACAGAUGGCUCGUCGGAAAUGAAUCCGGAUGAAUGGACAGGCGGCAUGCAUUUCAGGAGAGCUUCGAGCGACGCUGAACUAGCGUGUGCUAUGGAGCGCGGCUCUUUAGCCACCCUGCUGUCGCAUUUACCGGACAACCUAUAUCCACAACAAGCGACAAACUCAUCGCCCACAGUAACAGCCCACAUGUGCUCCUGCUCACAAUGCCACCAAUGCUACGCGUUGCUAUACGACGAGGACAUCAUGGCGGGCUGGGCGGCCGACGACUCCAACCUCAACACGCGCUGCACCGCCUGCGGUCGCCACACCGUGCCGCUGCUGUCCGUGCAGAUAUUGCGUGUGGGUCAGACGCAAACGGAAACUGUCAGCGUGCCUUAUUUAAAUCCAUUGGUGCUAAGGAAGGAAUUCGAAUCUAUAUUAGGUAGAGAAGGCGACUCUUGUCUUCUGGAGAGAGAGUUCGUGGAAUCGCACCCGAUAGUGUACUGGAACCUGGUGUGGUACCUGGAGCGCGCCAACAUCGAGAGCCAUCUGCCGGACCUGCUGUGUGCCGACUACGCUGCCAUGUACCAGGACGAUGUUCCUGACGAAAACAACGGCCAACGCGUGAGUACAGGGUGUCUAGUAGUAUGCAGCUGGGACUUGAUGCGGCUGCACGGCGAGGCGGGAACGGCGCUGUACCGCGCGUGGCGCUCCAAGCGCGCGCAGCAGCAGCGCUCGCGCGCGCUGCAGGCGUUGCUGCUCACCGACACCGCGCAGGCCAACGCGGUGGUGCUGGUGGUUCUGGACGGGUUGCUGAGCAACGACUUAAUCGACGCACUGCGGCGGCUCGCUGCGUGGCGAGAGAACACCGCUGGCAACAAGCGAUACCAUUCAUUCUUCAGAGACAUAUUGUUCCUCGCGAUGGCCGCGCUCGGCGAGAACAACAUCGACCUAAUCGCGUUCCAGCGCGAAUAUUCGCGCGCGAUCACACAGCUCGGCGGCUCGCUGCGUCCACACGACUACCCGCCCACGCCUACCGCCGUCUGCUGCCGGCAUUACUUCCGGCGCCUGCGGCUCGCGCAGGAGGACUGACCGAGGGCGCUGCGCGGCCGAGCCGAGCGAGGCCUGUUGUAAACAUGAGUGCUCACAACGGUCAAAGAUUCAUUGAUUACCGAACCAAACUGAUGACUGAGGUUAUAAAACUUCUCAUUUACACGUGGCAUGGUUAUAGCGAGAGUGAAAGUGAUCCAGUAUGAGACUCUUUCAGAUGUGUAAAGUCAGACAUAUUCGUGCUUGACAGCGGAUGUAGAUGGCGCUGUACGAGUUCAUGAGUAAGUGUGAUUGUCAAAAGUUAAACAAUUCAGUUGCCGCAAAACCUACGUAUGUACGAAGGCAAGGGCCUUACAGCGCCAAUUUCUUAUACUCAAGGACAUGAUUUGAUCAAAAUCAAUGAAUCUUUGCAUUAGUCAAAUAUACAUGCACUAAAAUAAAUAAGUGUAAUGAUAUUUUUGACUGUACGAAAGCUCAUGUACGUUGACAUCGAAUAAAAGAGGUUGGUAAAACACGACAUCCGUCCUUUUCUCGCUUCCUUAUUUGCAUAAGGAUGUUUCAGUGUUAAAGUGUGUCGUGUACUUUAAUAUAAAACUACUUUCAAUACAUGUGACGUGUCCAGAAGAAAAUGGCAAUGUGUUUCCGAGUAUGGCGAAAGAAUAGACAAUAAGUCCUGCUUGUAUGCACCUAAAUGUAUGAGGCAUGACGAUGAUUGAUUGUAAAAUCUUCAGAACAUUAUUUAAAAUGAAAAAUGACGACAGCGACAUCUAUGUAUAAGCGCGAUAAAUUGUGCACAUAGAUUAUCCGGCUAGAUAUAGAGAGAGAUAGAUAUACCUAUAGUUUUUGGCCGUACUCAUAGUCUUUCCUAUCAAGAGAGACGCAGCCACACAACACAGUUACAAACCAAGAAUAGUUUUGAUGACAUCUAAAAUAAAAUAAAUAAUAAACGCAAUUCAUAAUUAUAUUAUCAUACAUGAGAAUAUUUUGUAUUCUAUUAAAAUGCAUCUGAGCUAUCUUCACAUUGAGUUUUCAAAUUAAAUUAAAUCACUAAAUUAUCUUCCUUUCUACCCCGCUGUAUCCGGGUAAAAAGUUCAAAAUCACAUCACAACCGCAUGUCGUCUAAACUAAAACGACCUUUCAGGUUGCAUAUCUGUUAGUGUUAGAAAUGUGGGUGCUACGGACAAGGUGAUUCGGAUAGCCAUACUGAAAUAAAAUUGUACAUAUUGAUAAAACUUCGCAUUCGUGAUUGCUGACGACUGUGUUACAGUUGAAAUAGAUUGAAGUUGAUCAAUCAAUAUUUAAUGAUAUUUGACAAAAUAUUUAUUAAUAGGAGUAUUGUUUCUGCAGAGGAACUCACUUGAUUCUGUCUCCGCUUUUUUAUAUGUAUAGUUCAAGUAGAUAUAUUGCUUUUGAGUGAUUCCAAUAAACAGUUAAAUUCGUAAACGAAUUGUACGUAAGUAUUAUUAUAUGUAUUCUAGUCGCAUUAUUUGUCACCAACUAGAAAGUUUUGGAUGUUAUCUUUAACCUUGUUUGCACUGUCGUUUUGUAUGCAUUGUUUUAAAUUAUAUGCACAGUGGAUGAGAACUAGAGAAUCUAUUGUAACAAUAUUAAUUUUGUAGGUAAAAUAUUAGGUUAUUUCUCGCCUUAGACGUUCCAUAGUGUGACCUAGUGUAACGCGCCUUAACACUCGUUUUUGCGUUAAGGGGCCC